AUGAGCAUCAACAUAGCUAGUAUUGACUCCAUUUCAGAAGUAAACAUGGACUACACCAUCACAAUGUAUUUCCAGCAGAGCUGGCGAGAUAAGCGUUUGGCCUAUGGUGAACUGAACCUAAACCUGACUCUUGACAACCGUGUAGCAGACCAGCUCUGGCUCCCUGACACCUACUUCCUUAAUGACAAAAAGUCCUUUCUCCAUGGCGUGACGGUCAAAAACCGUAUGAUCCGACUACAUCCCGAUGGCACCGUCCUGUACGGGCUGAGCUGCUCCACCCGGCGCACACCAGCAGAUGCCCGUUCCUCUGGAGCUGGAGAGGUACGAGCAACAGACCUGCCUUCGCCUCUCCGCCGGCUGGAUGCAGGCGUGAAGCGGAUGUCUGUAAAGAACGGCCGCGUCAACCAUUUCUACAUAAUAACAACUACUGCUGCUUGUAUGAUGGACUUAAGGAGGUACCCACUUGAUGAGCAGAACUGCACCUUGGAAAUUGAAAGCUAUGGAUACACCACGGAUGACAUUGUGUUUUUCUGGCAAGGAGGAGACAACGCUGUUACAGGUGUAGACAAGUUAGAGUUACCUCAGUUCUCCAUCGUGGAUAUUCGCUUGGUGUCUAGGGAGGUCAGGUUUACCACAGGUUCAUAUCCAAGGCUUUCGCUGAGUUUCAGGAUUAAGAGGAACAUUGGCUAUUUCAUCUUGCAAACAUAUAUGCCCUCCAUCUUGAUCACCAUCCUCUCCUGGGUCUCCUUCUGGAUCAAUUAUGAUGCCUCUGCAGCUCGGGUGGCCCUGGGUGUGACAACGGUGCUUACCAUGACCACAAUUAACACCCACCUUAGGGAGACUCUCCCAAAGAUUCCAUAUGUGAAAGCCAUCGACGUCUACCUCAUGGGCUGUUUUGUGUUUGUGUUCCUGGCCCUGCUUGAAUAUGCCUUUGUAAAUUACGUGUUCUUUGGCCGGGGCCCUGCGCAACAGAAGAAAAUCAAUGAGAGGCUGAACAAAGUCAACAACGAGCGCACAAGAUACGAAGAGAAACGCCUGAGGGAACAGGACUCCAUUUCCGUGCCGUUUCAAACCAACACCUUCAGGUCAUUUACACAGCGAAGAAAUCUGUAUCUCGAGGAACAAAGAAAAGUUGGGGUGGAUGCUUAUGGAAACAUCCUCCUCACGCCUCUGGACAUGAACAAUGAGGUGAUGCCCUCGGACGUGGGGAGCAGCAUCGGUGACUCUCGGAAUUCCGUCAUGUCCUUUGACAGUUCCGGGGUCCAGUUCAGGAAGCCCAUGGCGCCCCGAGAUGGCUACAGCCACCACUCACUGGACAGGAGCGCCAUGCGGAGCCGGGCCAACUGUCGGCUAAGACGACGCUCCUCCAAGCUCAAGUUGAAAAUCCCCAACCUGUCAGAUGUUAGCACCAUCGACAAGUGGUCCCGGGUCAUUUUCCCUAUCACCUUUGGAUUUUUCAACCUAGUCUACUGGUUGUACUAUGUGAAUUGA